CAUUCCUCGCUUCCCUUUCUCCAAACAUUUGGAUUUAUGCUUUGCUUCGCUUUUCCAACGGCUUUUCUCGUGCCAGAAUCGGAAUAUGCUGCCUGGUUCUCUCCACAGAAGCAGUCGGCCAUGGCGCGGCCAAGUUGGGCAGUACGGCCUUUUCUUCUUCACAGCCGGCUUUCUUUCGCUUCCCAUGAUAGCUUAUUCAACAAGAACCUGUUGGAGGACACUUUACAAGAUUCUAUCCCUUUUCCCUAUCAUUUACUCCAUCGUCUUUCUCCCUUUUGUAUCUGAAUCGCCUCGGUGGCCCGUCAUGGGGCGAAGCAAAGAAGCUCUGGACGUGUUGAAAAACUUUGCCAGGCUUAAUGGGAAGAAGCUGCCAUCGAAUUUGAGCCUCGCCAAUCCGAACAAGACUGGAUGCGAUGAAGACCCUGCAGAAAGAUCGGCGGCUGGUGCAGACGAGAGCUUGUGGAGGACAAAAUGGGCGGCUCAGAGAAUGAUUUUGGUUAUGGUUACAGGAUUUGGAGUUGGGUUUGUUUAUUACGGGAUUCAACUGAACGUUGAAAACCUCAACUUCGAUCUCUACUUGUCAGUUGCCUUCAAUGGAUUAAUGGAGAUUCCUGCAGUCAUCAUUGGAACCAUUCUCUUGAGCUUCACCAACAGGCGUUCUCUCUUUUCACAAUCCGCAUUUCUAGCCGGAGUCUCCUGCCUUCUCUGCAUAAUUUUCUCCAACAAUGGCGGCCAAAACCGAACACAUGGAGGUAGUCGGGCUCAACUCACCAUUGAAGCAAUUGGGUUCAUGGCAGCUUCAACCGCCUUCGAUGUUUUGUACAUUUACAGCGUCGAGCUCUUCCCCACCAAUGUCAGGAACUUGGCAGUGUCGUUUCUGAGGCAGGCGUUGAUGUUGGGGGCUUCAGUUUCGCCGUUGCUGGUUGUUCUUGGCGGGCUGAGUCCCUCUCUUUCGUUUCUCAUAUUUGGUGGGUUUGCAAUAUUGAGUGGAGUUCUGAGCUUGUAGCUGCCGGAGAUGAAGGAUGCUCCGCUCUGUGAAACGCUGAAGAUGCAGGAAGAAGAAGAGAAACGAACAAGAAAAUUAUCAGGAGAAAAUCAAGUGUUUGAAAUUGGAAAUUGUUAGAGUGAUGAUAAUAUAGAAAAUUUGUAGAAAUUAAUUCAUCGAGGCUUUGCCAAAAUCUGCUCUGAAAAAAGUGUUCAAGGUUCUGCUGGGUUUUACAAAAUGUUUAGGAAAUAGAUAACGGGGAUGUCUGUGCUCAUUU